UAUGUUAGGUCCUUCCAUCAACUGAUCAGCAACCUUGAUGAGAUAAAGCAGAAAGAAUACAAGGAAGAAGAAAUCAUCGAACGGAAAAAGAUUAACAAAGAGUUUGACAACCUCAAGUUGUCUGAUUUAAGAGUUAUUGCAACCUUAGGAGUUGGAGGUUUUGGAAGAGUUGAGCUGGUCAGAAUAGGUAACGAUUCAUCCAGGUCUUUUGCCCUGAAAGUGAUGAAGAAACGACAGAUAGUGGAGACAAGACAGCAGCAACAUAUUAUGUCUGAAAAGGCCAUCUUGGAGGAAACCAACUGUAACUUCAUUGUCAAAAUAUUCCGGACUUUCAAGGAUUGUAAAUAUCUCUACAUGCUGAUGGAGUCGUGUUUGGGAGGUGAACUGUGGACAAUUUUACGAGAUAAGGGGAACUUUGAUGACCUGACAACAAGGUUUUACACUGCCUGUGUGAUCAAAGCUUUUGACUAUCUUCACUCUCGUCACAUCGUCUACAGAGAUCUUAAGCCAGAGAACCUUCUUCUAGAUGUUAGUGGUUACAUUAAACUGGUAUGUAUCUUCGUAUAUAAGGGUUAUUCCUCAUAGGAUGUGGACUUCUUGUG